CCGUCACAGUUUGGCAACAUGGCGGCGCACAGGCUCCCUCCAUCACUGAACAGACUGCUGUUAGCUGUAAAGUAUGCGUCAUUCCGGACCAGAUGCUGUGCAGUGCACCCUAACGCUCAAUACUCCACUGUCUACAGUCCCAAUGAAACGACUUUUGAUAAGAUUCUUAUUGCCAACAGAGGAGAGAUUGCCUGCAGGGUGAUGAAGACCUGUCACAAGAUGGGCAUCCAGACUGUAGCUGUUCACAGUGAUGUCGACUCCAGUGCUGUUCAUGUAAAGAUGGCCGAUGAAGCAGUGUGUGUUGGCCCCGCCCCUACCAGUAAGAGCUACUUGAACAUGGAUGCCAUCAUGGAUGCCGUCAGAGUGACUGGAGCACAAGCUGUUCAUCCUGGCUAUGGGUUUCUCUCUGAAAACAAAGAGUUUGCAAAGCGACUCGCAACAGAGGGCGUGGCAUUCAUUGGUCCAGACACUCAUGCUAUCCAGGCAAUGGGAGAUAAAAUUGAGAGCAAGCUGAUCGCUAAGACUGCUAAGGUCAACACCAUCCCAGGAUACGAUGGAGUCGUCAAGACUGCUGAGGAAGCUGUGAAGAUCUCACAGGACAUUGGCUAUCCCGUGAUGAUCAAAGCAUCUGCAGGAGGAGGAGGGAAAGGAAUGAGGGUUUCUUGGAAUGAUGAGGAGACUAGGGAAGGCUUCCGGUUCUCUUCCCAGGAGGCAGCAUCCAGCUUUGGAGACGACAGGCUGCUCAUUGAGAAGUUCAUAGACAACCCCAGACACAUUGAGAUACAGGUACUGGCAGAUAGACAUGGUAAUGCUCUGUGGUUGAAUGAGAGAGAAUGCUCCAUCCAGAGGAGGAACCAGAAGGUGGUGGAAGAAGCCCCCAGUACUUUCCUGGACCCAGUGACACGGCGGGCGAUGGGUGAGCAGGCAGUGCUGCUGGCCAAGGCUGUGCAGUACUCCUCUGCUGGCACCGUGGAGUUCCUGGUGGAUUCUAAAAAGAACUUCUUCUUCCUGGAGAUGAACACACGACUACAGGUGGAGCAUCCGAUUACAGAGUGUAUUACUGGCCUGGACCUGGUUGAGCAGAUGAUCAGGGUUGCCAAGGGUUAUCAACUGCAGCACAAACAGAAAGAUAUCCCAAUAAACUGCUGGGCCAUUGAGAGUCGAGUCUACGCUGAGGAUCCUUACAAGUCUUUUGGUCUUCCCUCCAUUGGACGACUGUCUCAAUAUCAAGAGCCACUCAACCUCAGCAAUGUCCGUGUAGACAGUGGAAUCGAGGAGGGAAGUGACAUCAGCAUCUACUAUGAUCCCAUGAUCUCUAAGUUGGUUACCUAUGGAGCUACGCGAGCUGAAGCUCUUGCCAGGAUGGAGGACGCUCUGGAUAACUAUGUUAUCAGAGGUGUGACCCACAACAUUCCCCUCCUGCGGGAAAUCAUCACCCACCCCCGGUUUAUCUCUGGUGACAUCAGCACCAACUUCCUGCCGGAGGUUUACCCCGAUGGCUUUAAGGGUCACCAGCUGGAGGAAGACCAACGCAGGGAGCUGUUGGCCACCGCAGCAGCGCUCUACAUCACUGCUCAGCUCCGUUCACAGAAGGUCCUGGGUAACCUGAGGGUGUUUUCCACUCCUGUGGAAUGUAGCCAUUGGGAGCUUUGUGUGGAGCUGGACGAGGGACGCCAUUCUGUGGAUGUGACCAAAUCAGGAAACAUUUAUACUGUGGAGGUGGAUGGAGGUAAGGUGGAAGUCAAUGGACAGUGGAACCUGGCCUCCCCACUGCUGCCACUCACCAUCAACGGCACACACAGGAUGCUACAGUGUCUGUCCAGAGAUGCUUCAGGAGAGAUUGUCCUACAGUACCUGGGCACAGUGUUUAAGGUUCGCGUUCUGUCAAAGUUGGCUGCUGAGUUAAACUCCUACAUGCCAGAAAAAGUUCCAGAAGACACCAGCAGCCUCCUGCGUUCACCGAUGCCAGGCACAGUGGUGGCUGUGUCCGUCAAGCCUGGAGAUACGGUUGCAGAGGGUCAGGAGAUCUGUGUGAUCGAAGCCAUGAAGAUGCAGAACAGUUUGACUGCUGCCAGGCAAGCAAAGGUUAAGAGUGUCCACUGUAAGCCAGGGGAGACGGUGGGAGAGGGAGACCUGCUGGUAGAGCUUGAAUAAAACACAACCUUUGACGUGUGACAGCAGCAUCUGGAUGAGCCUUACUCCCCUCUGUGUCCACGGCGGUAGACCCACCUUGGCAAAAAGGACUGGACAAUAACAGAUGCUUGAUUAAUGUUGCCAGUGGUCAGUCUGCGGAGUGGCCUCCAGCACAGUUUAGCUUCCCUGUUGGUGACUCAGCUGAGCUCUAUCAACAGUGUUUGUGUCUGUUAGUCUCUCCACAUGUCAGACUCAUUCAUGUUGCUUGUUUAGAUGCAGCUGUCUCGAAAAAAACUCUUGUAAAUCUUUCCAUUCUGCUUCUAUGUGUUUUCUCAACCUGAUUGCUAGUUUUGUUACCUUCAGUUCAGUUCCCCCGUAUAAUUCUUUUCUUCUUCCAUUUAACCCGUAUGCUGUGUUUUCUUGCAGCUGGUUUUGGUUUAUUUGCCAAGGUUUUGAGAUAACUACAUCUGAAAUGUCUGCUACCACUCCAAUGCACUGGAUAUGGACCUUUUGUUUAUAGGCUGCUAAUGAGUUUUUUAAAUGUAACUUUUCCUUGAUAUGAGCACUAAAAAUAAAGUUCCAUUCACCUUCAUUGUAUUGUAUUGGAAUGGAGGCAGAAAUCUCUUUAUCUUAAAACCUCACCGAAAGAAAACAACUAUAGCUCAAGGUAAGAAGGAGAAAUGUCUGCUGUAAUUUAGUUGAAGUGACUUUUUGAAAAAUCACUGUAACCAAUAAAGUGCUCCUUCUUUUCAAUAUAUAGUCACUUAGAUGGAAUUACAGUCUGGCUACAUACAGAAACAACAGUUUAAAAAAAAAAGAGAUUCCUCAAAAUGACUAAUGGAGAGUAUAUGAUGCUGAUGGGAAUAAAUAACUCUUCAGGCUGUGGAUGACAGGACUUGGACACUUACAGAUGGGUGACAAAUUAAAUGAAAAACCUGAAUAAUUAAAUCUAGAAACUCAAGAGGGUCUGGUCAAGAGGUAUCCUUAAUAUUCUGUGCAGGGUUGUGCGUCCAUGGUUUGCAUCCACUUCACAGUUAAUCACCUGAUCAUUCUGUUGUUCUGUCUGCUCAUGAUGGGUUUUGAUUGCCCGUUUGCCUUUGCUGACUGCUUACUUAUUGCUGACUGUUUGAUUACAUUGUAACCUUGGUUUUCUGAUUGAAGAGUUUCUCCCGUCACUACAUAUUUGACGUGUACGAUGAAUAAAACCCCAGUGGUCAGGUAACAUGGAAUCUCCUUUUCGACACACUGGUUACCGGGCCAUCCCCUACAGUUUACCUAUAAAACGCCUGCUGGCAUGGAAUGACUGAAGUUCUCCUGCCACAGCCCACCUAUACAUAAAAGUUGUGUAAAUGUACAGCUCUUAGCUUCUUUAGGUAAUAAAGUUCUAUUAUUUCUGUUU